CAACAUGGCGGCGCGCAGGGCUGGGCCGGGCAGCCGCCGCGCCUGAGCGCCCCACCGCCCUCGCUCGGCUCGCGGCGUCCACGCCCGCGCCCAGCCUGGCCCGGCGGUUGCGGAGCGCGCAGGCCGGCAGCGCAGGGGCCCGCUCGGGCGCGGGAGCGGCGCGGAAGGAGCGCCGCGCGGCCCGCCAGGCCGGGGAGCCGCAGCUUCGCCGCUCGCCGGCCGGCGCGGCUCGGAGGCCCGAGCCAUGGAAUCGGAGGAGGAGCAGCACAUGACCACGCUGCUGUGCAUGGGCUUCUCGGACCCCGCCACCAUCCGCAAGGCCCUGCGCCUGGCCAAGAACGACAUCAACGAGGCCGUGGCGCUGCUCACCAACGAGAGGCCGGGCCUCGACUACGGCGGCUACGAGCCCAUGGACAGCGGCGGCGGCCCCAGCCCCGGGCCCGGCGGCGGCUCGCGGGGCGACGGCGGCGGCGACGGCGGCGGCGGCCCCUCCCGCGGCGGGAGCACCGGGGGCGGCGGCGGCUUCGACCCCCCGCCCGCCUACCACGAGGUGGUGGACGCCGAGAAGAAUGACGAAAACGGGAACUGCUCGGGGGAAGGGAUCGAGUUCCCCACCACGAAUCUGUACGAGCUGGAGAGCCGCGUUCUCACGGAUCACUGGUCCAUCCCCUACAAGCGGGAGGAAUCGCUGGGCAAGUGCCUGUUGGCGUCCACCUACCUGGCAAGACUCGGUCUUUCCGAGUCUGAUGAGAAUUGUAAAAGAUUUAUGGAUAGGUGUAUGCCUGAAGCAUUUAAAAAGCUCCUGACAUCGAGUGCUGUUCACAAGUGGGGUACUGAAAUUCAUGAAGGAAUCUACAACAUGUUGAUGCUAUUAAUAGAACUGGUUGCAGAGAGAAUUAAACAGGAUCCGAUUCCCACAGGUCUCCUGGGUGUGCUUACGAUGGCUUUCAAUCCCGAUAAUGAAUACCAUUUUAAAAACAGAAUGAAAACAUCUCAAAGGAAUUGGACAGAAGUGUUUGGGGAGGGAAAUAUGUUUGCUGUUUCACCUGUGUCUACUUUCCAAAAGGAGCCUCACGGAUGGGUUGUGGAUUUGGUAAAUAAGUUUGGAGAAUUAGGUGGAUUUGCAGCAAUCCAAGCCAAGCUUCAUUCAGAAGAUAUAGAACUUGGGGCAGUCUCAGCACUGGUGCAGCCCUUGGGGGUAUGUGCGGAGUACCUCAAUUCCUCGGUGGUGCAGCCAAUGCUCGACCCCGUCAUCCUUACUGCGAUCCAGGAUGUGCGGAGUGUGGAGGAAAAGGACCUCAAAGACAAGAGAUUGGUUAGCAUCCCUGAGCUCCUGUCUGCCAUCAAGUUACUCUGCAUGCGCUUCCAGCCCGAUUUGGUGACCGUGGUGGAUGACCUUCGAUUAGACAUCCUACUGCGCAUGCUGAAAUCGCCACAUUUCAGCGCGAAGAUGAAUUCCCUCAAAGAAGUAACCAAACUAAUAGAAGAUAGCACUUUAUCCAAAUCUGUGAAGAAUGCUAUAGAUACAGACAGAUUGUUAGAUUGGCUGGUUGAAAACUCAGUUCUAUCCAUUGCGUUGGAAGGCAACAUAGACCAAGCACAGUACUGUGAUCGUAUAAAGGGGAUUAUUGAACUCUUGGGCAGCAAAUUGUCUCUAGAUGAGCUUACUAAAAUUUGGAAGAUACAGUCGGGACAAUCCUCUACCGUGAUCGAGAACAUCCAUACUAUUAUUGCUGCAGCAGCUGUCAAAUUUAAUUCAGAUCAGCUUAAUCAUUUGUUUGUUCUCAUUCAGAAGAGCUGGGAGACUGAAAGCGACAGAGUGAGACAGAAGCUGUUGAGUCUGAUUGGACGAAUAGGCCGGGAAGCUCGCUUUGAGACCACUUCUGGAAAGGUGUUAGAUGUGCUCUGGGAACUGGCGCAUCUUCCGACCCUGCCCAGUAGCCUUAUUCAGCAAGCACUGGAGGAGCACCUGACGAUCCUGAGUGACGCGUACGCGGUGAAGGAAGCAAUCAAGAGGAGCUACAUCAUUAAAUGCAUCGAAGAUAUUAAAAGGCCUGGAGAAUGGUCAGGUCUGGAAAAAAACAAGAAGGAUGGAUUCAAGUCAUCUCAACUUAACAAUCCCCAGUUUGUGUGGGUAGUUCCAGCUUUGCGUCAGCUCCACGAGAUUACUCGCUCGUUUAUAAAACAGACCUAUCAAAAGCAAGACAAGAGCAUUAUUCAAGACUUGAAGAAAAAUUUUGAGAUCGUGAAAUUGGUAACAGGAAGUCUGAUAGCUUGUCAUCGGCUUGCAGCUGCUGUGGCUGGACCCGGAGGCUUGACUGGCUCAACCCUUGUGGAUGGCCGAUACACUUACCGGGAGUAUUUAGAGGCCCAUCUAAAAUUUCUAGCGUUUUUCUUGCAAGAAGCUACUCUGUAUCUGGGUUGGAAUCGUGCCAAGGAGAUCUGGGAAUGUCUCGUCACUGGCCAGGAUGUUUGUGAAUUGGAUAGAGAGAUGUGUUUUGAAUGGUUUACAAAAGGCCAACAUGAUCUUGAGAGUGACGUUCAGCAGCAGCUUUUCAAGGAGAAAAUUCUUAAAUUGGAGUCCUAUGAAAUCACAAUGAAUGGGUUUAACUUAUUUAAGACUUUUUUUGAAAAUGUGAAUCUUUGUGAUCAUCGAUUGAAACGACAAGGUGCUCAGUUGUAUGUAGAAAAGCUGGAGUUGAUAGGAAUGGAUUUCAUUUGGAAAAUAGCCAUGGAAUCACCUGAUGAAGAGAUUGCUAAUGAAGCUAUUCAGUUAAUUAUAAACUAUAGUUACAUCAAUCUAAAUCCUAGAUUGAAGAAGGAUUCUGUAUCGUUACAUAAGAAAUUUAUUGCUGAUUGCUACACGAGAUUAGAAGCGGCCAGCUCAGCACUCGGAGGCCCCACUCUAACGCACGCAGUGACCAGAGCCACAAAAAUGCUUACGGCAACUGCAAUGCCAACCGUAGCAACAUCCGUUCAGUCUCCGUAUAGAUCCACUAAACUUGUAAUAAUCGAGAGAUUGCUGCUUUUGGCAGAACGCUAUGUGAUCACUAUAGAGGAUUUUUACUCUGUUCCACGAACUAUUCUACCUCAUGGCGCCUCAUUUCAUGGACAUCUUUUAACUCUCAAUGUUACGUAUGAGUCUACCAAAGAUACCUUCACCGUAGAGGCUCACAGCAAUGAAACCAUAGGGAGUGUGCGGUGGAAGAUUGCCAAACAGGUGUGCUCGCCUGUGGACAACAUACAGAUAUUCACAAACGACAGUCUGCUGACAGUGAAUAAAGAUCAAAAGCUCCUCCACCAGCUGGGCUUUUCUGACGAGCAGAUGCUCACGGUGAAGACUUCGGGCAGUGGGACCCCGUCCGGGAGCUCCGCCGACUCCUCUACCAGCUCCAGCAGCAGUGGCAGUGGGGCCUUCAGCUCGUCGUAUGCCAUGGAGCAGGAGAAGUCCCUCCCUGGUGUUGUGAUGGCGCUGGUAUGUAACGUGUUUGACAUGCUUUACCAGCUUGCCAACCUGGAGGAGCCAAGGAUAACUCUGCGAGUACGAAAGCUUCUACUGUUGAUACCCACUGACCCAGCCAUUCAGGAAGCCCUGGAUCAACUUGAUUCUUUAGGAAGAAAGAAAACCUUACUGUCUGAAACGAGUUCUCAGUCCUCCAAGUCUCCCUCCCUGUCCUCAAAGCAGCAGCACCAGCCAAGCGCCAGCUCAAUCCUGGAAAGUCUGUUUCGAUCCUUUGCUCCGGGAAUGUCUACCUUCCGAGUGCUUUACAACUUAGAAGUUCUAAGCUCCAAACUCAUGCCAACAGCUGAUGAUGACAUGGCAAGAAACUGUGCGAAGUCCUUCUGUGAGAACUUCCUCAAAGCAGGAGGGUUGAGUUUGGUCGUAAACGUCAUGCAGAGAGACUCCAUCCCCUCGGAAGUAGACUACGAAACAAGGCAGGGAGUCUAUUCCAUCUGCCUGCAGCUUGCCAGAUUCUUACUUGUUGGGCAAACAAUGCCCACCUUGUUAGACGAAGACCUCACCAAAGACGGCAUAGAAGCGCUUUCUUCUCGCCCGUUCCGCAAUGUUAGCCGGCAGACAAGCAGGCAGAUGUCCCUGUGUGGAACCCCAGAGAAGUCAUCGUACCGGCAGCUGUCUGUGUCCGACCGGUCUUCCAUUAGGGUCGAGGAGAUCAUCCCUGCUGCACGAGUUGCAAUACAAACGAUGGAAGUAGGUGACUUCACAUCUACUGUGGCUUGUUUCAUGAGGUUGUCCUGGGCCGCAGCUGCAGGACGACUGGAUCUCGUUGGGAGUAGCCAACCAAUUAAAGAAAGCAAUUCUCUGUUUCCUGCCGGAAUUCGAAACAGACUCAGCAGCUCAGGAAGCAAUUGCAGCUCUGGGAGCGAAGGGGACCCGGCGGCCUUGCACGCAGGCAUCUGCGUGCGACAACAGUCUGUGUCCACCAAAGACUCACUGAUCGCUGGGGAGGCGCUCUCUCUUCUUGUCACGUGCCUGCAGCUUCGGAGCCAGCAGCUGGCAUCUUUCUAUAACUUGCCCUGUGUUGCCGAUUUUAUCAUCGAUAUUCUGCUUGGAUCACCAAGUGCUGAGAUUCGCCGCGCUGCCUGUGAUCAGCUGUACACUCUUAGUCAGACAGAUACUUCAGCUCAUCCAGAUGUCCAGAAGCCAAACCAGUUUCUCCUGGGUGUGAUUCUCACAGCCCAGCUACCUCUCUGGUCCCCAACUAGUAUAAUGAGAGGAGUGAAUCAGAGACUCUUAUCUCAGUGUAUGGAGUAUUUUGAUCUAAGGUGCCAAUUAUUAGAUGAUCUGACAACUUCAGAAAUGGAGCAGUUAAGAAUCAGCCCAGCUACCAUGCUCGAAGAUGAGAUUACUUGGCUGGAUAACUUUGAACCUAAUCGCACGGCUGAAUGCGAGACGAGUGAAGCAGACAAUAUCUUACUAGCAGGACACCUGCGGCUCAUUAAAACCCUUCUCUCACUCUGCGGGUCAGAGAAGGAAAUGCUGGGUUCAUCACUCAUUAAACCAUUGUUAGAUGACUUCCUUUUCCGAGCUUCUAGAAUUAUUUUAAAUAGUCAUUCUCCAGCUGGCAGUGCCGCCAUCAGUCAACAGGACUUUCAUCCAAAGUGUAGCACAGUGAACAGCCGACUGGCAGCUUAUGAGGUGCUUGUGAUGCUGGCCGAUAGCUCGCCUGCAAAUCUUCAGAUCAUCACAAAAGAACUGCUGUCUAUGCAUCAUCAACCGGACCCUGCUCUCACCAAGGAGUUUGAUUACCUUCCGCCCGUGGAUAGCAGGUCCAGUUCAGGGUUUGUGGGGCUGAGGAACGGCGGCGCUACGUGCUACAUGAACGCGGUCUUUCAGCAGCUGUAUAUGCAGCCUGGUCUCCCUGAGUCGUUACUUUCAGUAGAUGAUGACACGGACAAUCCAGACGACAGCGUAUUCUACCAGGUGCAGUCUCUCUUCGGGCAUCUAAUGGAAAGCAAGCUGCAGUAUUAUGUACCUGAGAACUUCUGGAAGAUUUUCAAGAUGUGGAACAAAGAACUUUAUGUGAGAGAGCAGCAGGAUGCAUAUGAAUUCUUCACUAGUCUUAUUGACCAGAUGGACGAGUAUCUCAAGAAAAUGGGGAGAGACCAGAUUUUUAAGAAUACUUUCCAGGGCAUCUAUUCUGAUCAGAAGAUCUGUAAAGACUGUCCUCACAGAUAUGAGCGGGAGGAAGCUUUCAUGGCUCUCAAUCUUGGAGUUACGUCUUGUCAGAGCUUGGAAAUUUCUUUGGACCAGUUUGUUAGAGGAGAAGUUCUAGAGGGAAGUAACGCAUAUUACUGUGAAAAGUGUAAAGAAAAGAGAAUAACUGUGAAAAGGACCUGCAUUAAGUCUUUACCUAGUGUCUUGGUAAUUCACCUAAUGAGAUUUGGAUUUGACUGGGAGAGUGGACGCUCCAUUAAAUACGAUGAACAGAUAAGGUUUCCCUGGAUGCUAAACAUGGAGCCUUACACAGUCUCAGGAAUGGCUCGCCAAGAUUCGUCUUCGGAAGUUGGUGAAAACGGGCGAAGUAUGGACCAGGGAGGUGGAGGAUCCCCACGAAAAAAAGUCGCCCUCACUGAAAACUAUGAACUUGUCGGAGUCAUUGUCCACAGCGGGCAGGCACAUGCGGGUCACUACUAUUCCUUCAUUAAAGACCGACGGGGGUGUGGAAAAGGAAAGUGGUACAAGUUUAACGACACAGUCAUAGAAGAAUUUGACCUAAAUGAUGAGACCCUGGAGUAUGAAUGCUUUGGAGGAGAAUACAGACCAAAAGUUUAUGAUCAAACAAACCCAUAUACAGAUGUACGCCGAAGAUACUGGAAUGCCUAUAUGCUCUUCUACCAAAGGGUCUCUGAUCAGAACUCCCCAGUUUUACCAAAGAAAAGUCGAGUCAGUGUGGUACGGCAGGAAGCUGAGGAUCUCUCUCUGUCAGCGCCAUCCUCACCGGAAAUUUCACCUCAGUCCUCUCCUCGACCCCAUAGGCCUAACAAUGACCGGCUCUCUAUUCUAACCAAGCUGGUUAAAAAAGGCGAGAAAAAAGGGCUAUUUGUGGAGAAAAUGCCUGCUCGAAUAUACCAGAUGGUGAGAGAUGAAAACCUCAAGUUUAUGAAGAAUAGAGAUGUGUACAGUAGUGAUUAUUUCAGUUUUGUUUUGUCUUUAGCGUCACUGAAUGCUACUAAAUUAAAGCAUCCGUAUUAUCCUUGCAUGGCAAAGGUGAGCUUACAGCUUGCAGUUCAGUUCCUUUUUCAAACUUACCUACGGACAAAGAAAAAACUCAGGGUUGACACUGAAGAAUGGAUCGCCACUAUUGAAGCAUUACUUUCCAAAAGUUUUGAUGCUUGUCAGUGGCUCGUUGAAUAUUUCAUUAGCUCUGAAGGACGAGAAUUAAUAAAGAUUUUCUUGCUGGAGUGCAGUGUGCGAGAAGUACGCGUUGCCGUGGCCACCGUUCUGGAGAAAACCCUAGACAGUGCCUUGUUUUAUCAGGAUAAGUUAAAAAGCCUUCAUCAGUUACUGGAGGUACUACUUGCUCUGUUGGAUAAGGAUGUCCCAGAAAACUGUAAAAACUGUGCUCAGUACUUUUUCCUAUUCAACACUUUUGUACAAAAGCAAGGUAUUCGGGCUGGGGAUCUUCUUCUGAGGCAUUCAGCUCUGCGACACAUGACCAGCUUUCUCCUCGGGGCCAGCCGGCAAAACAAUCAGAUACGUCGGUGGAGUUCGGCACAAGCACGAGAAUUUGGGAAUCUUCACAAUACAGUGGCAUUACUUGUUUUACAUUCAGAUGUCUCUUCCCAAAGGAACGUUGCUCCUGGUGUAUUUAAACAACGGCCACCGAUUAGCAUUGCCCCGUCCAGCCCUCUGCUGCCCCUCCAUGAGGAAGUAGAAGCCUUGUUGUUCUUAUCUGAAGGGAAGCCUUACCUGUUAGAGGUGAUGUUUGCUUUGCGAGAGCUGACGGGCUCGCUCCUGGCGCUCAUCGAGAUGGUGGUAUACUGCUGCUUCUGUAAUGAGCACUUCUCCUUCACCGUGCUGCACCUUGUUAAGAACCAACUAGAAACAGCUCCACCCCAUGAGUUAAAGAAUACGUUCCAGCUCCUCCAUGAGAUACUGGUCAUCGAAGAUCCCAUACAGGUGGAGCGAGUCAAAUUCGUGUUUGAGACGGAAAAUGGAUUAUUAGCUCUGAUGCACCACAGUAACCAUGUGGACAGCAGUCGCUGCUACCAGUGUGUCAAAUUUCUUGUAACUCUUGCUCAAAAGUGUCCUGCCGCUAAGGAGUACUUCAAGGAGAACUCGCACCACUGGAGCUGGGCUGUCCAGUGGCUACAGAAGAAGAUGUCAGAACAUUAUUGGACACCACAGAGUAACGUGUCUAACGAAACAUCAACUGGAAAAACCUUCCAGCGGACGAUUUCAGCUCAGGACACGCUGGCCUACGCCACGGCCCUGCUGAACGAGAAGGAGCAGUCCGGGAGCAGCAACGGCUCGGAGAGCAGCCCUGCAAACGAGAACGGGGAGCGGCAUUUACAGCAGGGGUCGGAGUCACCCAUGAUGAUUGGCGAGUUGAGAAGCGACCUCGAUGAUGUCGACCCCUAGAGGCACACCGUGCGUGGCGCGCACGGUGAGGAGUCCCAGCUCCAGGACGGGGUGCUCAUCACCCUUCCGAAAUCAGAUUCUCACCCUUGAGCCCCUUAGACGAGCCCAAAGCUCGGACUGGGAGAGCCUGCCGUGGUCCCAGAGGAGCACGUGUUUUUAAAGAAGGCACCCUUGGCCCCUGGAGAAGGUUUGGGAGCUGUUUGGCAGUGGGAGGAGGCCUUCCUCCGGACCAGCUUUCCUGGGGCACAGUCCAAAUGUGGGUUCGUGGUCCUGUGGAAAUUCUGGGAAAUCAAGCCGGUGGCAGACGUUCUUGUUCCACAAACACACAGGAGCGAGUGAGGGUCAGGCCAUUGCGUUCUCUUUGUGCUACAAGACAAGUCCCUUUGGAUUUUAUAUUUAAAAAAAAAAAAAGCUGCCUUUAGCUAUGCGGGGGCAAAUUUUUAAUCUUGCAGUAACAUUGAAUAGGAAUAUCAGAUUGAAAAUGAUGUAAAGGUAGGUGAUAGGAUUCUUUCCACUGUAAAAUACUAGUUGAAGAACUCCGUUUACACAGACCUUUGUAUUUAAUAUGUCUCCCUGUUUGUAUAGAGUCUCAGACGGGUCAGGAUCAGAGCCCUGGGCAUGAAGCUGGACCGUGAUGAAAUAUUACCAGGAUCAAAAAUUGGGAAAUGAAUUAUGCUCUUUAAGGUAUUUUUCUGAUACAAAUGAGGUUGCAGAGAGCAAUUUAAAAAAAUGGGUUCUUCAGAAGUACAGGGUGCAUUCUUUGAUAUCAAUCACGAAAGAGGUUGUGGAUUUUUCCCCAAAUUUUGAAAACCAUGAAAUAAAAAGCACUUUAAGUUAUAAUCUUACUGAGUUUGACUUUACAAAAGCAUCUUUCUAAUGCUUGGAGACAUAUUGAAUAAACUGCAGUCUUAAAUCAUGUGAUCUGCAAUCAUUGGCUUUUGCUUAAAACAUAGUUGCUGAAACCCUCUGGCACCAGUUGUGUGUGAAGUUAAAUGUCUGAGUUGAGAAAACACUGCAGUAAUUUUAAUGCAGAGCAGGAAUUUGAGGUUUUGUUUCUCUGCGACAUGACUAAUGGACACUGAGAAGAGAGAGAUGAGAUUUCCCUUCCCAGAAAUGACCAUAAAGUCAUGGAACAACAUUUCGUUGGUGUUUCCCAAGUGCAGCCCCAUUCACUCCUUUCAGAUUUGGAUCCCAGAGGGGAAGAGGGGAUAUGCCAACAUACUUCAUAGAUUUUGUGCGUUUUGUACCUUGAGUUAACGUUUUACCUUCAGCGACGUGCUCUGCCUUGUUUUCACCUCCCCGCGCACAGAACUAGGGAAGCUUAGGAAGUGCCAGGUCGCCCCUGCGGGUUAGAUUUGCCAAGUCCAAGAGGCAUGGCCAGCCCCAAAGUGCCUUUUUGGUGGCUUUCAAGUCGUAUGGACAUGCACAGGAUGGCUCUUUGCUGCCAUGCACCUCAGCACCUGGCCCCUUCGCUGCUGAACGCUGAGGGGCCUGUGUGGCCCGGCUGCAGUCGGUACCCGUGUCUACAGCCCACCGCAGCCUCACGGUGACCAUGGUCAAGGGCGCUGCGCAGACGGAGGCCGCGUUAAGAGAAGAACUGCGCCCUCAGAGAGUGGGCCAGAAGCAGUUGGCAGAUUUUCUGUGGCUUUGCUGUCCUUGGGGCUUCGGAUGUGAUGUUUUGAAAUCGAUUCUGAGAAUACGCAUGCCUCUCUGUCCCACUGUCUUCCCGAACCCUCCCUCAAGCCGUCUGUCCACCCCCAUCUGCACACAACGACUGUGUAGGACGUGACCUUGAAAUGCCAGUGAUGAUGUGUGUUGGGAUAUCAUCGCUGGCCACUGCACUCUCAGGAGCCCAAAUUCAGGAGUGAAAUUGCCACUUCUAGUCCCUUAUUUCCUAUGGAAACAACACCCCUGCCACCCCCAGGACCUGCUGUCCUCACUGGAAGGCUUCGUCAGGAUCGCCGUCACCGUUGUGUGUCCCACGCACCACUCAGUUUGUCCGCGUCAUUGCUGCAGUGAGCACCCUUCCUCUUUGCCAGGAACCACUCGAUUUCCAACGGCUACAGUCUGCAAACCUGCUGAUGACUUUUUUUUUUUUUAACGUACAACAAAGUGACAAUUACGACAGGCUUACCUUGGAAGAGUUGUCAUUUUUACUGCCAAUUUUUUGGACGAAGAUGUUUUUAUAAAUCUUUCAAAAUGGUCUGCACAUCGAAUAGGAAUGGCACAACUGGCUCGAUGCUGAGCGUUCUCAAGAAGCUCCCCUUUGGGAGGCCCCCCCGAAGUGUGCCCGCCGCGCCCCUUGGAGACGCCCUGGAAGGACAGCCGCGAGCAGCCCCGCAGGCGUCUCGCCCGCGACCUCUCCGGGAGUCCUCACGUGGUCACUGGCACCUAGAAGAAAUUGUAGGACCCAGAGCAUCCCGUCCCCGGACUCCGCCCCCCCGCCCCCCACCCUCCCUCUGCUGACACUGAGGUGUGUGCAGUUACCUUCUGAGCUUGGAACAAGCAGACUGGAAUUUUCCUCUGCUACCUCUUGUGUACAGAAUCUUGUUUAUAAAAUUUCAAAAGGAAGUAGAUAAACUUAGGGAAGAAUCUGAAUCCUAAAUCUGGUUCAAGUGUGGCAGAGUUCUUAGCUUCUAAGGGUAUAAAAUAAAUUUUUCAAAAAUGUA